UAACGACACCCGCUUUCUGGUAAGUGUCCAUUUCGGAGUUUGUUCUUCAAAAGAACUCUGACCGUUUCUCGAUCGACCUCGAGCAUUACUUUUACAGCAGGCUUCUUUUUCUUUCGGAGUGAGGGCCUUGGAAUGAGAGGUAUCUCUUCGUUGCUUUCCUCAUUGAAAUGCUUCCGACGUUUAGCUGGUCGCUUUGGCCCAGGCACUGGUUUUCUUUUACCAAGCAUAACUGGUGUGUUCGGUGGAUCGGGCGAAAGUUUUGUCACCGAUCCGUUUGAGGGGAGAGGAUUGGGAAUGGGAAUCAAUGGUGAACGUAUAGAAAUCGGCCGUUGAGGUAUUGGCGGUGAAUUGUCGAUCACAAUUGUUGUGACGUUGUGCUUUUGCUGAAGCCUCUUGAAUGCCUUCUCUUGUUUUUCACGGAUGGUCUCUUUUUCUCUCUCAGUUCGUUUCUUCUCGGAUUCUUUUUUAAGAUCUUCAUGCAUCAUAGAACAAUAUGAGAAGUAAACUCGUUUUCUGUAGCGAGUUUUUGCACUGAUCAAUACCUUCCUGAACCUCCUCUUAUCCAUUAGAAAAUGAUAGACAGGUACCGUCAUUGCUCGCAAAUAUAAUUGAACAAAUAGGAAUAUCAACGACGUUACUGCAACGAUCCGAAUCAACGGUGGAUCCUUUUGGCAGUAAAUAUUCUUAAAGGAGUAAAAAAUUGAGUAUUGUCCUAUGGUCACAAAGAAUACGAACCAUGGAAGGCGGGUAUCAUCACAAUUGAAUAAAUUAAUAAGGAAAUGAAACACAUUCAAUGUGUAGCCGAACAAGCCAAAACCGCAUUCGAUCAGGCAUACGAUCAUUGCCCAAGAUGGUGUCGCAAGUACUCCGACAUUCGUCCAGAAAAAUGGCAUCUGAUACUUUGGCGAGGAAGCAUCGAAUCUUUCUGGUCCUACGAGUUCAUGA